AUGGCGGAAGAUUGGACUAAUUGUAAAUCCGAAUGGAAUCUGGAAGCUAUGAUAGAUAAAGCUACGUUGUCGUAUCGUAUUACGAGGAUUAUGCUUGUAUCGUUCUUAAGCAGUUCAAUUCUAUACACAUUGGGUGUAUUUUUCGGUUCUGAUAAUGACGAUGGAACAUCGAAUCCCAAUGAAAGGAAAUUUGUAUUGAGAAUGGAAUUUCCAUUCGAAGCGACAAUUUCGCCUAUUUACGAAGUUAUUGUAAUUGUUCAAAUCAUUGCCCAAGCAACAUUUGCUGUGAUGGCAGGAAUGUUAAUGACACUUAAUGCAACGUUUGUACUUCAUUUAGUCAGUCAAGUCGACAUUAUAUGCGAAAGAUUAACGCAAAUAUUAAACGACAACAACGAAGAAAAAUCACGUGUUGGCAUUAUAAAAAAAAUCAUUUUAAAACAUCAGAGGAUUUUAGAUUUGUGUAAUAAUGUCGAUUAUGUGUUAACAUUCAUAUCACUGAUACAAUUUUUCCUUAAUACCGUGGUCAUUUGUUUUCUGAGCUUCAUUCUAGUAACUUCAUUAAACACUGACGAAGCAGCAAUAAUCAUAUCAAAAUGUUUUCCUUAUUUCGUCGUCAUUCAUUUGGAGGCGCUUAUACUCUGUUACACGGGCGAAUAUCUCACCACGAAAAGUAAAAGCAUCAGCUGGGCGGCGUACAACUCUAAUUGGUAUCAAUUAAGCAUUCGUGAAUGCCGCGCUCUUUUGCUGUUAAUAUUACGUUCUCAAAGGCCUAUGACACUAACAAUUGGAAAAUAUAUUAACCUUUCAUUAGAGACUUUUGCUAACAUGUUAAAAACUUCGGCUUCAUACGUUUCGGUACUGUAUGCAAUGGAGUAA